ACAAGUUUUAUCUUUGAAUGUUUUUAAUUUUAAGGUUAUCAAUUUCACGAUUAAGGUAAAGUUUUGUUUUUACUUAUUUACAGAAAUACCAAUAACCAGAGUACUUAGGUAUUUGGCAAAACUGAAUAAUCAUAUUCUUAAUAUUGCACAUACACCGGUGCCUAAUUUAUUUACCGAACUUGAAACUUUUGCCAUGAUUACAAAUAUUUGUUUGUACACAAUCUUGUAUUUAUUUAAUUGUGAUAUAGUUUUAAGUAUAAAAAGGACGUUACCUAAUUUAGAUGAAAUAAACUCUAAAAAGCCAAAUGAAUGCAGACGUUGUGAGAUAUUAGCAGACUCUUUUAAUUAUUGGAUAGAAAAAACGUCGCGUGGCAAAUACGAAGGUGGUGAUGCAGCAUGGGAAGAAGCGAAAUUAAAAUCCUAUGCUCACAGCGAAAUCCGCCUUGUAGAAGUUCAAGAAGGCCUUUGUUCGGAAGUUAAAAAGCAUCAAGAUGAUUGCUAUACAUUAGCUGAAGAAUCAGAACAAGUUCUUGAGAAAUGGUGGUUCAGUGAGGGCCCUAGUUCAGCUGACUUAUAUACAUGGCUAUGUAUAGAAACAUUGCAAUAUUGUUGUCCAAAAAAUCACUAUGGAGAAUUUUGUUUACCCUGUCUAUAUGGUAGGAAUAAUUAUGUAUGCAGUGGACAUGGCACAUGUAAUGGUGAUGGAACAAGAAAAGGAGACGGUAAAUGUGAAUGUAAAAAGGGCUAUGAUGGGACAUCAUGUGAAGAGUGUGCUAAAAACUAUUAUCACAGUGAAAACACAUGUAAUCUUUGCCACAAAGCCUGCAAUGAGUGCACAGAUGAGGGUGCUGAUAAGUGCAAUGAAUGUAAACCUGGUUGGUCACUGCAGUCAGGCACAUGUAUAGAUAUUGAUGAAUGCAUAAUAACAAAUUUAUGUAAACCUGAUCAAUAUUGUUUGAAUAAAGAGGGAUCCUACAUUUGUAAAUCAUGUGAUAAAUCAUGUAAAACUUGUGUGGGGAGUGGACUUUCAAACUGCACUUCUUGUAACCCUGACCAUGUUUUGUGGAGUGGUUUUUGUAUGGAUGACAAACUGAAGAGUGAUCUCUUGAGAAAUACACUCAAAAAGUUAUCAUUGUAUUGUGGCUUGCUUAUCAUUGCAUUUUUUAUAUUCAGGAAUUCAAAAACAUUAGCAUCAUUAGUAAUUUUAAUUAUUUCUACAUUUGUUUAUUUUUCUGAAAAGUCUUCUGACAUCAAUACUGUAGAUGUGAUAUCAAACUUAUAUUUAAAGUAGUUGCUUAAUUUAUUACUGUCUACCUUGCAAACGGGUGCAUAGGCACCAGUCAAAAUAUGUUUACCUAUUGUGUCUUGUUUCUCCGCAAUCAAUGGGUUAAUUAGAAUAAUUGAUACAUAAUUACAAUUUUCACAUUUUUCAUUCUUCCUUGACCUUAAUUUUAUUUCACAUGAAGACCAAACAGUUAAAGAUCAAGUUCUAAUGUUGAUUUUAAUGAUAUAUUUAUAAAUAGUCUAUUUAUAAAUGUAUCUCAGAUAACACACAUCCAAACAUCCCACAUUCAUAAUUAGCUAAGCAUAAAAGUGAACUUUUAUUUGUC